UUCAAUACCUACAGAUAGCACACAAAUAUAUAGUAUACCCACUUUACUAGAUCGAAACAAUACAAAUGGCAAACUUAGGCCGUUACGUAGACAGAAACCCCGAAAUGAGGGCGGCAGGAUUGGCAUCGUCCUUGGAAUCCUACGGCACAAAGGAUCUCUUAUUGUUCGUGCACAUGGAGGAGGAGGCGGAGAACCGUAUAAGGGCACUUUGUCGGCAGAGCAGGCCCAAUCCUUCGAAACGAACGCCCAAGAUUCCCACUAAUCAGAUCGGAGACAUUUUAAGCAAUAGCGAUAAGGGACUCUUUGCCGAGUUUCAGAACAGGUUUCGCGAGAAUAUGUUCUCUAAAAAGCCUGCUUUGGGGGAAGUCAAGGCAACCCACUCAAAACCGGACUCUGUCACCAAUUUGAGCCGUACUUUCGGUCGCACUCAUGAUCUUGAACCCGAAGAUUCCCUCUACUGUGUUGUACUUCCGCCGAAAUCUGCCGAGCAGGUCAACCGAGAGUUUGCCGAAUUCCACGAUAAACACAUCGUCAGUCACAAUCAUUACUUUCCCUCGGAACAGAUCAAUCGACGAUAUUCAAAGCCCUUUAGCCGCUUCAACACAUUUGGCUUACCAGCCUGUGUAGAUUCUUCCGGUGUUAGGGUAAAACGCUGCUUGCAGGAAGGCGAGGAACACUUGAUAAUAGUCAAGAAGCCCCAAAAAGAUUUAGAAGAUCGCACAAAGGGUCCAUUGGGAAAAAAGUACACAUGGUAUCCCUACCAGAUACCGGAAAAUAUGACAUUUGGUCGGACGUUGCCUCGUGAUACUGACGUUAGGUCACUUCUUGAAAAUACCGCUCCCAGCGUCGCCUCCGAUAAGUUGGCCAGAGCAAUUAGUCAUCUAAACAUGCUGCGCAAGUUGCUCCAGGAGCGGGAUGAUUUCAAUAUGAACCAGGUUAUCAGCGCUCUUGGAAAUAAGGACAAUGAGGGCAAUGGCCAGCUUCCACUGACCGAGGUCAUCCACGUGAUGCAUAGAUUGAAUAUUCCGGCAGUUGCGGAGAAAAUCCGCAUUGCUGCCUCCCACUUCAAGUUGUUCGUGGACGAGGGAUGCUGCUCGGAACGAGUGAAGUAUGUGGGUCUGUGCGAACUCCUCUCCAUACUGAAGCCGCUGCCCAUGAUUGGAUCCAUUUCACCCAUGCCGAAGGUGGUGUAUAACCAAGAAACCGCCUAUCGGCAGUUGUGUGCGGACUUGGUAAAGAAACCCGAUGAAGGUCGAAUCUUCAAACAUCCUCGAAAGAAUCUCAUUCAGAAGGACGCGGAUGAAACGCGUGUCAAGGAUGUUCUGAACCCAGACAUAUCUACCCUAUGUGGCGUAUGGCCAAGUGACUUUAUUGUAUUGCGUAGCAAGGACGAGGUAGAACGCAUAUUCAAGGACAUCCUCUCGAAAGAAGACUUUCAAUCGAUCUGGUUGAGCUUGAUGGCUGAGCAAAAGGAUCAGAAGGCAAUGGCAUCUGUUGCACAGUUCCGGGCUGAGAUGAAAAAGAUCAUUCGGUAGUAGACUCUCUUAAGGUUAGAUUUUGAUACUACUAAGAACAGUUGGUUCGGUUUAUAUGAGAAUAUUUUUUCAAAUCCUACAAUAAAAGAACAAACAUGUAUUUACUUGCAUAA